AUGGCUGAGCAACAGAUCUCCAACCUUCUCUCAAUGUUUGAUGCUUUCCAUACAAACCAAAAGUUGGAGAUUUCCGUUCAGGUGACGGAUUCCUUCCAGUACAGAGACACUCCUCCAGACUCCUCCUCUUCAGAGGGCGGUUCUUUAUCUCGCUAUGAGGAACGACGUGUCUCCCUUCCUCUCGCUCGCAAUUCACCUUCCCCAGAUAUAGUGUUCCAGCUAUGCUUUUCAACAGCUACGAUCUCUGAGCUCAACCACAGAUGGAAGUCACAGCGCCUAAAGGUUGCUGAUUCUCCUUACAACUACAUCCUGACCCUUCCCUCCAAAGGUAUUCGUGGGGCGUUCAUUGACUCGCUGAAUGUUUGGCUCGAUGUCCCGGAAGACAAGGCGCAGGUGAUCAAAGAUGUGAUUGACAUGCUCCAUAACUCCUCUCUCAUAAUCGAUGACUUCCAAGAUGGCUCCCCCCUUCGGCGGGGUAAGCCAUCUACACAUACUGUUUUCGGCCCAGCCCAAGCAAUCAACACAGCAACAUACAUCAUCGUGAAGGCGAUCGAGAGAAUACAAGAGAUAGUCAGUCACGAUGCAUUGGCAGAUAUAACCGGCACUAUAACCACAAUCUUCCAGGGUCAGGCAAUGGACCUGUGGUGGACGGCUAACACCAUUCUUCAGUCUAUCCAAGAGUAUCUGCUGAUGGUUAAUGACAAAACUGGUGCCCUGUUCAGAUUGUCACUUGAGCUACUGGCACUUAACUCUGAAGCGCCUAUUAGUGACAGCACGCUUGAGUCUCUCAGCAGCGUUGUUUCACUGCUAGGCCAGUAUUUCCAGAUCAGAGAUGAUUACAUGAAUCUGAUUGACAACAAGUAUACUGACCAGAAAGGAUUUUGCGAGGAUCUGGACGAGGGGAAAUACUCGUUGACUCUAAUCCAUGCUCUGCAGACUGACUCCAGCGACCUUCUCAUCAACGUCUUAUCAAUGAGAAGAGUUCAGGGAAAGCUAACGACACAGCAAAAGAUGCUGGUUUUGGAAGUGAUGAAAACAAACGGGAGCUUAGACUGGACGAGUAAGCUGCUUGGCAUGCUGCACACAAGAGUUGUGGCCGAAAUUGAUAGCCUGGAAAUUAGCAUGAAGAGGGAUAACCCUGCAUUGAGGGCCUUGGUGGAACGCCUGAAGCCGGAAACCUAG